AUGACGACGCGGGGGACCGCGUACGAGCUUGCGUGCCUGCACAAGCUGCAGACUUGGCUUGGAAUGUGUAUAUACCGUACUGGAGGCGCAGGUGAUCGAGGGAUUGACUUGUGCGGCUGGUGGUCCCCGCUUGUAUUGCGCAGCGAGGCGCGCACGUCCAUUCACGAUCGGAUGCGUGUGCUUGUGCAAUGCAAGGCCGAGGCUAAGCCGGUAGGCCCUGGGAUUGUGCGUGAGCUAGAAGGGACAUUGAUACGUGCGGUAUGGGAUAAGCUCGUGCCGCUGGAGGCGGUGGCAUUGCCGGGCGCGGAGGAGGAUGUACCGAUUGCCGCACGCGAUGCGCCGUUGCUGGGUGUCCUGACUUCUGUGUCGGGGUUCAGUAAGCACGCAUUGCUGCACGCUCGAUCGAGUCGGAUUCCCAUGCUGCUUCUGCAUUUGGCUGCGCACGAUCCGUCAUUCGAACGUCUGGUGUGCACAGGAUUUGUAUGGAAUGACGCACUCGCGGGGUCAAAUGGGCUCUUGGGGGGGCGAUGCGAGGUGGGCUGGAUCGAUGCACCCCGGGCCAAGGGGCAGAAGCAUGCAAUGAGUCAUGCGGUGCUGUACCGAGACGGCGUCGCAGUCGCGUAG